AAUAUACUAAAGAAGAAUUUAGCAAUUUAUUUACUUCUUACAAUAUUGGUUUUAAAAGAUUAAAAAUUAUUCAUACUCAAGAGAUUACUAAAGAAAUACCUUAUAAUACUAAAAAAUACA